CGCUGUAUCCGGUUUUAAUAUCCACACUUCCCGUGGUUCGGUAGUGGACGGAUCCAUGGCCGCUGCGGGGGCUGCGUUUCCUCGGUUGGGCCCGGGUAACUGCCGGGUGGAGAAUAUAUUGCAUCGCGUCCGGCGGGGGCAACUGACCGGGUGCGGUCUGACCCGGGGAUCUCAGAUUACUGAGGAGCUGCUGAAAGAAAGGGACAAACAGGCCAAGUGGAACAGUAUCCCUCUGUACCUGCGCAAGUUGUAUGACGGCAGCCACCUCAACAGUGACCUCUCCCAGUGCCAGCCCAUACUGAAGGAAGUGUCUCCUCUACUUUCUGCGGAAGCGAUGGCAAUUGUAACCGAAGAGAAGAAGUCUGGUGCGGAAUCCCCCUUUCCAAACACCUACACGUUUGAUUUGUUUGGCGGAGUAGAUCUUCUAGUGGAGAUACUCAUGCGACCGAGUCUCUUUCCUCAGAAGAAGAAACACAAAAUUAGCGACGAGCUGAUAAAGGACUGCCUGAGCAUCCUGUACAACACCUGCAUAUGUACAGAAGGUGUCACCAAGCGUCUGGCAGAACGGAAUGACUUUGUGCUUUUCCUGUUCACACUCAUGACCAACAAGAAGACCUUCCUGCAAACAGCAACCCUCAUAGAGGACAUCUUGGGCGUUAAAAAGGAGAUGAUCCAGCUGGAAGAUAUUCCCAAUCUUGGAAGUCUGGUGUCAAGCUUUGAUCAGCAACAGCUAGCCAACUUCUGCAGGAUACUCUCUGUCACCAUAUCCGAGCUGGAUACAGGCAAUGAUGAUAAGUACACCCUGCUCGCUAAAGACGCGCAACAGAAGAAGACCCAGAGUCCCUCCAGAGCAGAAAUCAACCAAGCCACCCUCCUGAACAUCCCAGGGUUUAUUGAAAGAUUAUGCAAGCUUGCUAUCCGUAAAGUCUCUGAAUCUACAGGCACAACCACCUUCUUGCAGGAGCUGGAGGAGUGGUACACGUGGCUGGACAAUGCCUUGGUAUUAGAUGCCUUGAUGCGUGUGGCUCACGAGGAGACAGAGCAGAGUGGAACCGAAUCCUCUGAUGAGAGCGGCCUGGCCAAUCCUUCUUCCAGGACGCAGCUGCCACAGUCCAUGAAGAUCAUGCAUGAAAUCAUGUACAAAGUAGAGGUUCUGUAUGUGCUCUGUGUCCUGCUGAUGGGGCGACAGAGGAAUCAGGUCCAUAAGAUGAUAGCGGAGUUUAAAUUGAUUCCCGGGCUUAAUAAUCUCUUUGACAAGUUGAUAUGGAGAAAACAUUCUGCGUCCACACUCGUUUUCCAUGGCCACAACCAGAACUGUGACUGUAGUCCUGAUAUAUCGCUUAAGAUUCAGUUUUUGAGAUUGCUCCAGAGUUUCAGUGACCAUCACGAGAACAAAUAUUUGCUUCUGAACAGCCAAGAAUUAAAUGAGCUGAGUGCCAUAUCCCUAAAAGCAAAUAUCCCCGAGGUGGAGGCUGUGAUGAAUACAGAUAGGAGCCUAGUAUGUGAUGGGAAAAAGGGCUUAUUGACCAGACUGCUGCAGGUGAUGAAGAAGGAGCCACCAGAGUCUUCCUUCAGGUUCUGGCAAGCCCGAGCUGUUGAAAGCUUCCUGCGUGGUGUGACGUCCUAUGCCGACCAGAUGUUUCUGUUAAAGAGAGGCCUGUUAGAGCACAUCUUGUACUGCAUUGUGGACAGUGAAUGCAAAUCUAGAGAUGUCCUUCAGAGCUACUUUGACCUCCUUGGGGAGCUAAUGAAAUUCAACAUAGAUGCUUUCAAGAGAUUUAACAAAUACGUUAAUAGUGAUGAAAAGUUCCAGAUUUUCCUGAACCAGAUCAACAGCUCAUUAGUGGACUCCAACAUGCUAGUGAGAUGCAUUGCAUUGUCUUUGGAUCGGUUUGAAAACCAGUCAGAUGAUAUCAAAGUGGCUCAAGUUCUUUCUGAAUGUCGGUUAUUGUCCUACAUGAUUCAGGGAUCUGUGCGAAUGUCCUUCCUCUUCCGGCUGGUUAACAUAAUUCAUGUGCAGACACUGACACAGGAGAAUGUCAGCUGUUUGAAUACAAGCCUUGUUAUCUUAAUGCUGGCCCGAAGGAAAGGCCGACUACCAUGCUACCUUCAGACAAUCAGAGACAUGGAGUGUAUGGAGAAGUACCCGGGGUUCAUCCUCAACAACUUUCAUAGUCUCCUGCGAUUCUGGCAACAGCAUUACCUCAACAAGGAUAAGGACAGCACUUGUUUAGAAAAUAGUUCUUGUAUCAAUUUCAGCUACUGGAAAGAGACUGUAUCUGUACUGUUAAACCCAGACAGGACAUCGCCAUGUGCCAUAGUAAGCUACAUAGAAGAGGCAUAUAUGGAUGUGGACAAAGAAUUCCUGGAGGACUAACCCUAGCUGGCAGCUUGCUGUAUGGACAGAUACCAGCUGGUAUUUCGGGUAUCCAGGGGGCUUUCUGCGUGCAGUGUUCCUCGGUUGUCGAUUGCACCAAGGAGGCAAUGUGCCCAGCAGUAACCAUUGAUGCCAC